GAAAUCGGUGUGCCUGAUAUAUAUUUUGUGUGUUCCUCCUUUGGUUAAGUCGUUUUGUUUACUCGGUUCGUUGCUGUUCGCUUCGCUGUGAUGUGAAACGUACAUGACGAGUAAGCAUUUUUGCUCCGUUGAUAUCGCAACUAGUCGGUCCCGUACGUACGCCUGCAGUGUAACUUUGCUUGGGACAGUUUGGAUCGAAUAGAGUUUUGUGAAUUAAACAAAUAGUCCUAAAAUAAUAAACUUAAAUCCGAGCGGAAGGUGUCAUUAUUUGAGAGCGCAAUAAAAAAUCGAAAGUUACGGUUUUGGCAAGUCUAAAUGCACAGCUGAUCUGUUUGAGUAGCAUUCAAAUCGUUUAAUUACAAUAACUUUAAAUAAACUCGCCCAGUUUACUCCUUAACUUAGUUAAUUCCAGAAGGGUUUAUUCAGGUCGUUAUGAGUUUAGGUUUUCUUACAAAUAAUAACAAUACUACAAAAACAACAUGAUCAACAGCGCAAACACAGUUGACUUUAAUGUUAUAAAUCAUGGUAAAGUCAUACUUCCACACGGAUUAGUGCCAUUGGACAAAUGCAAACUAGUACAUACUUCGAAGAUACCUCAAAGUGGCAGCGAAAGAUUCACUUCGUCAUAUGCAAUACAAGCCUCUAUUAAUCCCUACACUUACACCGUCGAUAAUAAGCCCAGCGCCAAUAUUCAAAGUGCCGAGACCAAAGAGAUUAACAUGCAGCCGCAACGUGUACAUGUCCAGCAUCUGCAAAUACAUCCCAAUUUGCAGAACAAUCAAUGGAUUAAUGAUAAGUUUCACAACUUGAACGCUGAAAGAGAGCGCACUGCGCCAAAUGGGUGCAUAACUAAAAUAAAUCACAACAAUAACGUAAUUAGAAAAGAAAGUGCCUUUAGUUUAAGUAGCAGCAGCAAGUGCAGCGUCAGCAAUAACAAUAAUAAUAACAACAACAACAGUAAUAUUAAUAAUAGUAGUAGCUUCCCAAAUACUUUCAAAAAUGUAGAAUGUGAUAAGGACUUAGUCUAUGAUGGCAUGAAAAAGACAGCUCGCGGUGUCACUGCUCUUAUGGGUUCAACCGAUAGGGGUACGACGUCCAUUUAUAGUACUGAUUACCAAGAAAAUGCCUUUCACCGCAUCGAGGAUGUGCACAAUUAUGCCAAGAUGGACCGUUAUAGCUAUUCGAAUGAAAGUAGCAAUAGCAGUAUGCAUGAGGAAGACAAUGAAGACGAAGAUGAGGAUUUAGAUGAGGAUGAUAACAAUGACGAUGCCGCGACCAACUACGAACGUUAUCUGAAAAGCAAGCACUUAGCGGCUAAGCGAAAGCGAGUGAAAUGUCAUGAAAAUUUUAAUAUGGAAAUUACCAGAUUGGAAACGGAGGAGACUGAACUGAAUGUUGAUGUAGAGACUGUGCACAAAGUGCAGAAUGAAACAACUGAAGAGGCAAUGCCUAGCACACCAGACCAUCAUGCGCGCAGACCGAUGAAUGCUUUCUUGAUAUUUUGUAAACGCCACAGAGCCAUAGUCAAGGAACGGUACAGAUCGUUGGAAAAUAGAGCUAUCACCAAGAUACUUGGAGACUGGUGGGCUUCCUUAGACGCCACUGAUAAGAAAUGCUUUACCAAUUUGGCGCAACAGAAUAAAGACGCAUUUUUUAACGCAAAUCCAAACUUCAAAUGGUACAAGCUGCCGGCUCCUCCAUUACGCACCUUGAACACUCGCCCAGGCAAUACAAGUACAGAACCGGAAGACGACAUGAAAUCUUUUAUGAGUGCGCAAAGCGGGAGUGCUAUGCUAGCAAAGUACACGAAGAGUGGCAACAAUCACCUUUUUAAACUAGCUGAUGAAGCACAAAUGGGUGAACUCAGUAGUCUGUUCAGUGGCGAAAGCGACAACAACAACUGCAAUUCGAACCAGAAUGCAUUGCAGAAGGCCUUGGGCGAGACGUCACAAUUUUUGAACGCUUACAUGUCACCCACCAGCGGCGCAGAGAGCGUACAAUCGAACAAACAUCGCCUGUUAAGUGAGAAUAGCUUCUCCAGUAAUGGGAGUGAAGAUGAUAUUUUGCCGAAGAAAACGUCAAGGGCAUGCAAAGGGAAAAUCUAUCAAGAACUUAUUAAUUCAGGGCAAAUUUCAGCGGUUUCGAAGAAAAUAAAAACACCCAAAUCACAAAGCCAUCCCAACGGUUACGCUCAUCACAUUGUGACUCCUUCCAGCAGUUCUAACCUAACGUCACUGGAUAGCACCAAUCAUUUUUCAUCCACGUGCGGAAAUAAUAAUAAACUAAGUGAAACUUGCCCCGGUGAGGGUUUUCAAUCAAAUAAUGAUCUGUCAAGUUUCGAUUUGGAAGACAAAAUUAAGGAAUUGCCAGCACUCAGUUUGGAUCUUUACUUACAGCGCAAGCGCAAUACGAAGAAGAAAAAGAAAUUCACAUCGAAAAAACGCCAUUCAAACAAUACAGUAAACAACAAAAAUUCAGAGGCAAUAAGUGUAACGCAUGCGCCACCCAUAUCGUGUCCGAACAGAAGUCGGGAGGCACCGCCGCAGCAGGCUGUUGGCAGUCAAAAACGUAAAGCGCGAAAAGAGAGCAUCACCAGACGCGACGUCACUGUGAUUGAGAAUGAAAUCGCGUCCGUUAUUCCAUUGCCUAAAAAUUUCAGUACCAUAAACGGCUGUUAUUACUUUAACGCAUCGCCAGAUGGCGCAAUAUCAAAAUGUCUACCAUUCAGCGAAAUCCCAAACUCCACGGCUGCAACAGGAUCAGACAAUCAGCGCACCGACGUCAACGUUUUUGGCAACUUAUGCAAUGACAAUUCGUCUACCUCAGACUUACUCAUUCUGGCCGAGGUGGCUGCCAAUCGCACCGAACUAACAAAUUAAACAGCAAUCGGUUAUCACUGUACUAUUCACUAACCCAACCAUAUAAGCACCAAAAAGAAAUUGUAUCUUAAAAAUGCAACUUGUUGCAUUUAUUCACAUAUGCUUAGUUUGUAGAAGUAAUAAAAAUUGUUAUUGUUUUCAAAAGUUAUAUUUAAUACUAGUAGCAUAAAGUCGGAAAUAAAAUCUUAAUUAUAUUGUAUUUUCACAAAAUGUUGUGCCAAUCGCUUUUCUUCGCAAUGUGUUGUCCUUGUAGCUGACAAAAUAUCCCCAAGUAAUUUUGAGUAACGCUGCCGAGUUGACAGUCCUUAGACCGAUAUAAAUCCGAAACCAACCAGUGCCAACAGCCAGGGAAUUGGAUGCAGCUAGUUAAGAGAGUGAAUGCGUCUAUCUUCUUAUUGUUGUUAUUGUUGAUUUUGCAGUGUUAAUUGAUGUCAGCGAACAUAUUCUAUUUGUUCCCAAGUCGUUUAUGAGUGAAUAAUUUUACUGCACCAAUACA